CGAGAAAGUUAAUCCCCCCAGGAGUCCCAUGCCUUUUUUAUCUUGUUAGUGUAGCGGAUGAAAGGAUGAGGGUGGCCUUUUUUGCUGCACUUGGGAAUACUGUUGUUGCUAAAGACCUCAAUCAAGCCACAAGGAUAGCAUAUGGUGGGAACAAAGAAUUCUGGCGUGUGGUGUCACUGGAUGGAUCACUCUUUGACGAGGCAGGUACGAUGACUGGCGGUGGAAGCAAGCCACGGGGUGGUAAGAUGGGGACAUCUAUCCGAGUUAGUGUUUCAGGAGAAGCUGUUGCAAAUGCUGAGAAAGAGCUUGCUGAGCUUGUCAAUGAUAUAGGCAGUUUAUGA